AUGGCCAAAACCAAAAAACAAGAUCUCCCACUUCACAAAGUUAUUAUGGUCGGUUCAGGUGGUGUUGGUAAAUCGGCUUUGACUUUACAAUAUAUGUAUGGUGACUUUGUUGAAGAAUACGACCCAACGAAAGCAGAUUCUUAUCGUAAGAAAGUUUCUUUAGAUGGACAAGAAUGUCAAAUUGAUAUUCUAGAUACUGCUGGACAGGAAGAAUAUGCUGCUAUUCGCGAUAAUUAUUAUCGUUCAGGAGAAGGAUUUAUUUGCGUUUUUUCUAUUUGUGAAUAUGAAUCAUUCGCGCACACACAAGAUUUUCGAGAUCAAAUUCUAAGAGUACUUGAUGAUGAAAGCAUUCCAUUUAUUCUUGUUGGUAAUAAAGUAGAUUUAGAACAUGUACGCAAAGUCCCCAAAGAUGAGGCGUUGAGCAGGGCACGUGAAUGGCAUUGCCCAUAUUAUGAAACAUCAGCCAAGACACGACAGAAUGUAGAUGAAGUCUAUCAUGAUUUAAUGACAAGAAUCAAAACACGAAAAGAUAACAACAAGGAGGGAGAAAUGAGUCGAAAGAGGGCUAAAUGUGUGUGCUUAUGA